AUGGACUGGAGAACCGCUACACUGGAAGAUGUUGAGAAGUUUCGCAUUCAAGUCUGCCGGGAGCUGUCCUUGUAUGACUUCUCCCUCAACCUCGUGAAAGUGGCUCGAGGCCAUGCAGUUGGAGUGGAAGGUGAUUCGACUAGGGCUUCAGGCUAUGAUACCAAUUAUAGCUACCUGUUGGAGGAGAUGUCACCAGAUGAAGUAGUGCCACACCUGGUGCAACGAAGGCUGCUGACACAGCCACAAGGAGAAGAAGUUUGGGCAAAGAGCAGUCAACUAGAGAAAGUACAUAUAAUAGUAGAGGCACUCCGAGAGGCUAAGAAUAGAGUUGUGGGGAUGUUCCCAACAUUCUGUAUGGCUUUGGCUAAUGCAGGACAGUUACAUGUUUCAGAGAGACUCCGUAACAGUGAGUUCCUAAAACAUUAUACAUACAUCAGUCAAGGUCCUUCAUUCUCAGAGUUCCAGAGUCUACUGAAGGGUGUGGCAGACUCCCACCAACAAGAGGAAGAUGAAGUCAUGAUCUCUGGAGAGUCUAGUACCCAGCCCUCUCCUCCUCCUCCAGAUAGCCGCCUCAUCACUGCUCAAUUGGAGGGUUCUACCCUCACAAGAGCACAGUACAACACCAUACACAGCCUCACCAGCUCCCUACUUCCGUAUCCGCACUGGUGA